AUGCACAAGAAUUUUGUGUUUCGGUUGAACCAGAGCAAUUGCGCAAGCUCGUGCUUAUCAAGCUAUACCCAAGAAGCGGAUGUCAUUUAUCUUGGCGUGGAUUCGCGACUGAAUCAUACCAUGUCAAUUGUAGAAAGGGACGCCAAUUGCAAAGAUAUUCACUCGAUGUCUUGUACAGGAGAGAGGGAAGUCGGUGAUUUCAAUAUUGAAUAUUCAUAUUCUAGUCGAAAAGGAUAUCUAUUAUUGGACGAUGAUGACCCUAUUACCGAAUCACUAUCUGUCCAAUACAUCAUCGUUAGUCCUCAUGACUUGCAGUGCUUCGGGGAUGGAACACUGCAGUUUUUGGCAUGGGAGCUCGGAAUGGGAUGGAACACGAUUCUUAUGAACUGGCUACUCGUGUUCAACAAGCCAGACGAAAUUGCAUACGUUCGGCAUACCAAGACUGAACGAUUGCAAGAGCUACGCAUUCCCUCUGUCAAAGCAUCUGGUUUCCAGUCCUUUGUAAAAACUGCAAUUUCAAAAUUGAGUGUUUUGAUCCAGACAUUUUUCUUAUUUUUCUUCUGCACGACACUUGUGAGCUUUACUCUCAAUGAAACGCAAGAGAGGAUGCUUCAGUUCACACAGGAGCUCAGCCGACUGGUUGCUCGGAAUCUUCCGAUCAAUUUCUUGGUAACGACGCAUGUCUUGGAUUCCUUCAUUUUCUGCCCUCUCAUGGUUGGUAAAUUCUUUUUCCUGAUCGAAUUUUACAAGGGCGAUCGAUUCUUGGCAUUUCUAUUUAUGAGCGUCGUUUGGUUUGUUGAAGUUUUCACAGUUAUGAGCCUUCGCAGUUAUCACGGAAUCACCUACUUUCCGAGGAUUUUCUUCCUUCUCUUCUGCCUUUUCCACAUCUACUAUUUCGCAAAUCCAUCCAUCGGUUUUUCAUAUCUUGCUUUUGCAGUGAUAGUCCUUUUCAUUAUACACAGCAUGAUGUUUUUCUGGCAUCGAUACGAACUACCAGCAGUUGCAUUCGGCUACAUCAACAUGCAAAGGCCUCGAGCUAAUGCGGCAUUUCAUCAAGGGCCGCAUGACCUGCCAAGGCCCCCCCGAGUACGCCGAGUUUUCCAAGUUUCGUUUGAUGCAAUGAUUUCCUCCGAUACGAGUCUGUUCAGAACGGCACCUUCGAGUUGA